GGCCCCCAGCGGCUUCCAUGGAGGAGCGAGGGGCGCCCGGUGGCGGCGCUUCUUCGGCUUGGCGGCCGGCCUGAGCGCCCAGCCCGCCCCCGCCUUCCUCCUGGGCCGCCUGGGCCUCCUCCGCCCCCAUGCUGCUGGUGCUGAUGAUGAUGAUGAUGAUGAUGAAGUUCAAGCCGAACCAGACGCGGACCUACGACCGGGAGGGCUUCAAGAAGCGGGCGGCCUGCCUGUGCUUCCGCAGCGAGCGGGAGGACGAGGUGUUAUUGGUGAGUAGCAGUCGGUAUCCAGACCAAUGGAUCGUACCAGGCGGUGGGAUGGAGCCAGAGGAAGAGCCAGGCGGUGCUGCAGUGAGGGAAGUUUAUGAAGAGGCUGGAGUGAAAGGAAAACUAGGAAGACUGCUGGGGAUAUUUGAGCAGAACCAAGACCGGAAGCAUAGGACUUAUGUCUAUGUCCUGACAGUGACUGAAAUUUUGGAAGACUGGGAGGAUUCUGUUAAUAUAGGAAGGAAGCGAGAGUGGUUCAAAAUAGAAGAUGCGAUCAAGGUUCUUCAGUGUCACAAACCUGUACAUGCAGCUUAUUUGGAAAAAUUGAAACUGGGCUGCUCUCCAAUUAAUGGAAAUUCCAUGGUCCCCUCCCUUCCGGACAACAAUUCGUUGUAUGUCACUUCUGCACAGACUUCUGGGUUACCAUCUGCUGUGAGAUAGUUUGUGACCCCUUUCCCCAGGCACCAGUACAGGGAAAGAGGGGCACUUCUGGGUUCCCAUGCAAACAUCUGCAAAUAUUUAAAUUUUGUCUAAAAUGCCAUGCAUUUAUGUAUCAAAUCAUUUUUGCAUGUACUUAAGCUAUUUUGAAAUUAUUUUCCCUAACAAUGUAAAAUACUCAGUAAACCAAAGCCAUAUAUAGAAUUUAAGAUGCCUUAACUGGCUUUCCCCGACCCCCUUCCCACCAAAGCUCUCAGAUUUUCUAGUCUGUCAACUUUCUCAACUACUCCAUGGAGUACUUUGUCCAGGGGGAGGGGGUUAUUUUAUAGGGCAGUCUGAGAGGGAGGAGGCAUCACUGUAAAUGUAUUUAAGAAACUGGCUGGAUAAAUCUCUUGUCCCCCUUAUUUGUGGUAUUGGGUUUUACAGACUUUCUGGUGCAUUAGCUUUUUCUGUAGUGAAAGGAGAGCAUUUUAAUUGGGGGCUCCACAAUUUUUUUAAGGCUAUAUUUUUACUAUUGCAAUUUUGUAUGUCACUUCAAAGGAAAAUAAACUUAUUUCUUUAAAGACUCCUGAAAUAAUUCCAGCUAAGUAUCAACCUUGAUCUCUUCGCCUUCUCUUAUUCACCAUCUCCCCAUCACCACCCAAAAAAAGGUAGCUUCCUGUGGUCAGAAUGUUUUCUGGUUUUGACCUUUUUCAAGGAUCUAAAACUUGCAGUCUUAUAUUUUUUUCCCCCUCUCUCUCUCUCCCCUAAACAGAGUUCUCCAUUUGGGAAGGUGAGACAUAUUUGAGGAUUAGGUCACCUUUUGGUUCCGGAAAGCAGAUAGGAAGCUAAUACAGUCCCACGGCAAACUCUCCGUAGGGAUGAUGGUUCAGAUUCCGUUCAAACAUUCCCCUCCACGACUAGGCAAAGACUGGAAUCUUUUUAGACCAUCCCAUUAGCAUGAAGUGAUAAGCCAGGAUGGGAACUGGCCUAAUUACAUUGUUCUGGAUUUUUAAAUGCUUUCCAUUUCAUCACUUGAACCCAUCAUGGAGAAGUAAUUGAUGCAAGAUCAUAUAACAAGUGUGUGCUAAUAUUCUAAAUGCCGGCAAGCAGCCGGUCAUUAACAAAUUACUUCAAAACCGUUUUUUUUCUAAGCAGUCCCUUGUAAAUGCAUACGUACCUUUUCUGAGAAUUGUUUUCACCUUCCCAUAACCACACCAGAAUUGUGGCUGAAGUCGAAUCUUCUCUAUUAUGAAGCUCACUUUAGAAUAAGUGAUCAUUGUACACAUAGCAUUUAAACACUCUGUAAAUACUCUAACUGGUAAAUAGUGAGUGUAAAAUGGAAAGUAAAUGUAAUUUAAGACUUUGUUACUCAGUACAUAUUAGUCUACUUUAAACACAAAUUGUGUAAAAUGCUGCUAUAAAUUGCGUGCUGUUACACUUUUUAAGGAAAUAUUGGUGCCACAGUUCUUGUUUAAAAAAUGAGAUCUUGUGCUUUGUGUGUGUGUGUGUGUGUAUGUGUGGACUAAUCAGAACCACAAGGAUUAAGUACAGGUUUCAGUUCAAAUGAAUCUAGAUUUUGAAAAUACUGCUAAAUGAAGGGAAUAGAAAACUUAAAAGGAAUUUAAUCACCCUAAUUUCAAAAUUCUAAUUAGGCUGUGGCAAAAUCAGGAAACCAUUUUUCAGUAUCACUUUUCUACUUUGCCUUGUUCAGAGAUAAAUGUAUUUUUUUUAAAUCUGCACCUAAACUCAGUCUAAUAAUUGCCAUUAGGUUUUGGCUAAAAUCUUUUGUGGAGUUUUUGAACUAAAACAGCACAGUAAAUGUGGAUUUUUUUUAUUUUUCCUCCAAAUCCUUGGGAAUUAAGGUUGAACAUGAUACUAUUAGCAGUAAUGCAUGAUAUUUUGUAAUUCUUGAAUGAUAUAAUUGAUAAAAAUGUAAAAAUGUACAGUAUUGUGUUAAAUUCAGAGUUGCUAGCCUAUAAAUACUUUGUUGUAUAAUGUUGGGUUAACCAUUUGUACUUUGGGCCACAGCAAGAUUUUUCAGUGCCAUACAGUGUGCAAAUCUCUAUGCAACUUGCAAAUUUCCCUUAAUGACCAGUCUUAAUUCCUUAUGUCUCUUUGUACAAUUUAACACUUUUUUUGAACUGCAAUGAUUGUAAACUUACAUGAUGCUGGUGGUUUGUUUUUUUUUUAAUCUAAAAUGCUUGAGUAAAACCAGUGAUCAGGUUGCAUAGAAGGUGAGUCCAUUUUGGGUUCUGAGAAGACUUUAAACUAUGAUUUAGGAGCAGGGGAUACUAACCCUUGCGUUAACGGCCUUGGUCGAUGGUCCUGUGGCUUUUCUUCCCCAUCUGUCACUUUGAGAACUGUGGUGAUUGUAUGUUCUUAAGUUGUAGAUCUGCUCAUUUUCCCACUUUCUACUUCACCCCUCUGCCUCUAUUCCCACCACCCGAGGAAUGACCCAAGGACACUUGUUGAAACAAUCUCAAAUCAUGUCUUGCAAGCCAAAAUUGACAUUUUCAAGCUGGUUAAGUGCCAUACUCUUAUACCGUAAGACCCUGUAGCAUGCAGAGGCACCUGAAGUAUUCCCUUCAAACCCCACACCUAUCACCAAAAGGCCCAAAGUUUGCUUUGCUAGCAACAGGGGGCUAGCAUAUUUAAAGGAAGCCCCAUGUUCUGUUUCUUACAAAAUUAUGGAGGGAGCAAAACAGGAAAAAAGCUGUAAACAUUGCAUCACUUUGCAUGGUUUUCUUUUGAAACUAUUGAUGUACAAACAAUUUUGACUUUUUAUAAUGGGGAUAAAAUACCAAAAUAAAAACCUAAUGCAAGGGC